AAAGCGACGGAUUUAUUUAUUUUAUUUUUUCUCUCUCUUACGGAUUUUAUUUUUUAUUUUUUUGAAAAUCCAGGGUAGCGUCCGAGGAACUCAACUGAACUGAGAGUUGGCGAUCGAAGGACAAUCGAACGAACAAAACUAUCGAACAGUGGAAUUACGGACUGAUAUUUCGAAUCUCGUUCUACAAGAGGACAACUAUUAUUUUCGGUGACAUUUUUAUUGAUGAUAUUAUUAUUAUUUUUCUCUGUUGAAAUAUGUAUAUUUAUAAAGAAAUUAAACGUGAAUAAUUCCAGCGACGAAAUUAUUGAAACUUUGAAAUUAAAAAAUUUUGCUCCGUAAAAUUUCUAUUUUUUGGCAUAUAUUUUAACAAAAUAUAUAGAUAUUACUACGAAUAUUACAUUACUACCAUCACGGGCAGCUAUAUCUGCGUCCUUUACACACGAACACACACGUGUGUGUACACGUUACACGUGUGUUGUACCGUGUCCAUGCAUGUAAGUAGAUGCGUGUAUGCAUGGCUACUACAACAUCUAACAUUUACCCGGGCUACAACCUGAUCGGCUCAACAUCAGAAGAUCAACACCACAGCUCCGUGGUAGUACAACAGGGACUAGCGUACAGGCCCAUCACCAAGAUCCUACCAAGUGGAGGCUGCGUUGGACUAUUCACCGCUGAUACUGCUCUGACAUCAUCAUCAGCAGCAGCAGCAGCAGCGUCCGAUUUGAUCGCAUUGGCACCGGCACACGGAAUGCAACAUCAUAGUCAGCAGCAGCAGCAUCAUCAGCAACAACAACAUCAGCAGCAUCAUCAGCAUCCGAUUUGGGAUGCGGCUGCAAUGGUAGCAGCAACGUUGGGACAGCAGCAACAGCAGCAUCAUCAGCAACAUCAGCAGCAGCAGCAGCCUCAACACCAGCACCACCAUCAGCAGCAGCAGCACGAGAUGGAGAGGCUUUCGUGGACCUCAAACGCCAAGGCAGGCCUCGCGGAAGGAUCCUCACCGAUCUCGUGGUCGACUUCGAACGGACGACGUGAAGGUAAAGUGUCCGAUCUCGAGCACCACCACCACCAACAUCAUCAUCAUCAUCAGCAGCAACAGCACCAUCAGCAUCAGCAGCAUUGGUCUUCGAUCAGCCGGGAUGUGAAGAUGCCCUUGGCCGCAGCCGACGAUCUCCAGAGAUCGUCAUCGGCUGGUCCACAACCACAACCACCACCGCCCCCAACACCAUCAUCGUCGUCGUCAUCUUCGUCGUCGUCAUCAGCGGCGUCGUCCGCCGCUCUGGGUGUUGGUGGAGCAGGUCCGUCGUCGUCAUCGUCGUCGUCCUCGUCAUCGUCGUCCUCGUCAUCAUCAGCUGGUGGCGGUGGUGGCGGUGGUGGUCCAGUGGGUGACACGUGGAUCAACUCUGCUCCAAGCCCCGUCAGCAGUCCGGAUGUCAAGCCGUGCGUGGAGGAGUUAUCAAAUAGCUUGGCGGCUGCAGCUGCAGCAGCAGCAUCAGCAGCAUCAUCAUCAGCAGCAGCAGCAACGACCAAUCUCCACCACCAGCGCGUCACAGUGAGCGCUUUACUCCAACACCACCAUCACCAACAACAACAACAUCAACAACAACAACAACAUCAGCAGCAGCAGCAGCAUUCGCCACACGAGCACCACUCGUGGGACAGCUCGGGACACCAUCAUCAUCAGCAUCAUCAGCAUCAGCACGCACACGCGACGCCUCUCUCGCCCAUAGCUGCUGCUGCUAGCGGUGGUGGUGGUGGUGGUGUUGGUGGUGGUGUUGGUGGUGUUCCUCUGUACGCUCACCCUGGAUUCAUUCCGGCUGCGGUGGCGGCCGCGGUUGUGUCCGGAUCAUCAACAUCGUCACCCACAUCGUCACCCACCAACCACCACCAUCAACAACAACAACAACAUCACCACCAAACACCGCGACAUAUCCACCCGUCCAUCCACGCAGCCCACCAUCAUCCGCACCACCUCCACCAUCAGCAGCAGCAGCAUCUCCAUCAGCAGCAACAUCAGCAUCAGUCUAUCCAUCAGCAGCAGCAGCAUCAUCAUCAGCAACAGCAUCACCACCUCCAACAGCAGCAGCAGCAUCAUCAGCAGCAGCAGCUGCAGUUGGCAGGCCCCGUGGUGGCACUUUUGCGUGAUCCUCUGAUCCACAAUGACGGCUCCAUGUCCGUGGUGGAUGGUGGUGGACUAUCAUCAUUAUCAUCAUUAUCAUCAUCAUUAUCAUCAGCAGCGGCGGCUGCUGCUGCUGCUGCUGCAACAUCAGCGGCUGUAGCCGCCGGCACCAUCAACUCGACGUCCAGCAACCCGCUGUCCACCUCCUCCACCUCCUCAACGUCUCUCCUGCUGCUGCAGCACCCGAUCGGGAUGUUGGAUGCGAGAGACGGAGGAGGUGGCGGUGGAGGUGGAGGAGGUGGUGGUGGCGGAGUGUCGGACGACGAGACGCCGAGUUCGGACGACCUCGAGAUGUUCGCCAAACAGUUCAAGCAACGUCGCAUCAAGUUGGGCUUCACGCAGGCAGACGUGGGCCUCGCGCUGGGCACUCUGUACGGCAACGUGUUCUCGCAGACCACCAUCUGCCGCUUCGAGGCGCUGCAGCUGAGCUUCAAGAACAUGUGCAAGCUCAAGCCGCUGCUCAACAAGUGGCUGGAAGAGGCCGACUCGGCCACGGGCAGUCCCAGCAGCAUCGAUAAGAUCGCGGCGCAAGGUCGCAAGCGGAAGAAGAGGACCUCCAUCGAGGUGACGGUGAAAGGCGCCCUCGAAAAUCACUUCCUCAAGUGUCCCAAGCCCGCCGCGCAGGAGAUAACCGCGCUGGCGGACAGCCUGCAGCUCGAGAAGGAAGUGGUACGCGUUUGGUUCUGUAACAGGAGGCAGAAAGAGAAGAGGAUGACGCCUCCUCUGAGUCUCACACCCGGCGGCGAGGAGAAUGGAUCCGUGGUUGGUGGAGGUGGAGGUGGUGGUGGAGGUGGUGGUGGAGGCGGUGGUGGUGGCAGCAAUGGAGGAGGAGGUGGUGGUUACCAAGAAAUUGGGAGUCCUGAAUCAAACCACGGACGGCAUCAACACCACCACCACCACCAUCAUCAACAACAACAACAUCAGCAGCAGCAGCAGCAUCAUCAGCAGCAGCAUCAACUGCAUCAUCACCAGCACCAUCCGGUGAUGUUGUGCCCAGAAACGAUACCAUCGUCGUCGUGAGAUGAGUCGAUGAUGGGACGACCACGACGACCACGAGGAGGAGGAGGAUGAUGAGAGGCGAUGUUGGGGAUUUGUACAGACAGCGGCGGUGCGGUUUUUGGGUUUUUCGAGGACUCGAUUCGGUGCAGCGAGAUUAUUGAUGGCAUUCCGGGGAUCAUUGGACUUUCACUGCAAUGGCGUGUGUCGGGUGGGUCGGUGUUUGUGCGUGUGUGUGUAGUUUUUAGCGUGUGUGUGUGUGUGUGUCUUUGUGGUGUGUGUGUAGUGUAGUUUUGUAGUGUGUGUGUGUGUUUUGUGAGUGUCGUUUUUAAGUGCGUCUGCGCGCGUAUGUUAAGUGGCUGUGUGUCUGUAUGUAUGGAUGCCUGAGUGUGUUUGUACGUGUGUGUCUGUAUGUAUGUGUGUCUGUACGUGUGUGUCUGUGUGUGUCUGUACGUACGUCUGUGUUGGCUAUACGUGUGUGUCUGUAUGUAUGUGUGUCUGCACGUGUGUCUGUGUCUGUCUAUGUGUCUGUGCGUGUGUGUGUCUGUAUGUGUGUCUGUGUGUGUGUACGUGUGUCUGUACGUGUGUCUGUAUGUAUGUGGUUUGUAUAUUCGUGUGUGUUUGUUUUUCUGUACGUGUGUAUAGGUGUGUAUGUAUAUAUAUAUGUGUGUGUGUCUAUGUAUGUGUGUCUGCACGUAUGUAUAUGUACGUGUGUCUAUACGUGUGGGUCAGUGUUUCGGUCAACGCGCUGCGCUCACGACCUCCCCUAGGUCGACUCGGCCUCAAAUCAGUACCUGGAAACGAUG